UCAGCAUUACAACAUGAACACUCUGUGCCUGGUACUUUUCGCAACCCUAUACACUCAGAGUGUAUACUGCAGCUACUACCACGGACCCACCGCCAAACCCGUCGUCCUCCACAACGGCUACCUGGCAGACACCCAUGAGGUAGCAGCAGCCAAGAACGCUCAUCUCACCGCUCUAGCUAAGGAAUCUCACUACGGAGGAGACUACGAAUACGGUCACGGCCAGGAAUACAGUGGCUCUUAUGACGGCCAUCAUGGAGACAUCAGGUACCACGGUCCCACCGCCAUCACACACGUCCUACAUGACGGACACAUCGCAGACACUCACGAGGUGGCCGCUGCUAAGGCUGAGCAUUUCGCCGCCGUAGCCAAGGCCAAGGCUCACGGAGGCUACGGUGACCACUACAGUGGCAGAUACGCCUCAGACUACGGUGCCAACCAUGGACACUCCCAUCAUGUGGUGCCUUACCACGGACCCCUCGCCAAGCCCGUGGUGCUCAAGUCCGGAUACCUGGCAGACACUCGCGAGGUAUCUGCCGCCAGGGAACAUCAUCUGCAGACUUUGCAUAAGAAUUCCGAGUAUUAUCACUAUUAACCGUCACAUAAACAAAUCUUUAAUGUAAAUAAUUGUGUGUUUAUUUAGAUUUCCUUUAUUAAAAAGUGAGAAGUUUA